CUGCUGCUGCUGAUGGUGAUGAUGAUGAUGAUGAUGAAGAGGAGGAGGAGGAGGAGAACGAGGAGGAGGAGGAGGGGGAGGAGGAGAACUGGAUAAUUGUACUAUUGGACGAGGAGGACGACGAGGAGAACGAGGAGGAGGAGGAGGAGGAGAACUUGAUAAUUGUACUAUGAGUCAAAUCGGUGGAUAUAGAUCUCGAGCAGCAGAAAGUGGUCGUAACGGGAGAUGUCGACCCAGAAACAGUCCUCCAGAAAGUGGCGAAGAUCGGAAAGCCAACCUCGUAUUGGACGUGACACGACCAGUCAGCGUCAGAUUCAGUCGUCUAUGGCUGGGAAUAAACUGGAGAUGAAGUGUUCUCUGAAAGGAAGAGAUGAGAGCGAGGGAGGAUGGUGAAGGGGAACGAGGGAGGGGGGUGGGGGGUGGGGGCUGGGGGGCCGAGGAUGCAGACAGAUGUCUUGGGGUUAGCAUUUGCUUUUGCCUUCCUCCCCCCCCCCCCCCCCCCCCAAGCAACUCCAAAAGGUUAGCAACUUUGCAUUGUUGGAAAUUGGCCACUGAGCUCUUUGUUGCAGUUUUCCGAUGGAACUACACACCUUUUUUUUAAGGGGAAUUCUGACCCUGAGGUUUUCAGGUGUCUGAUGGCACACCACACACUCUUCUUUUUGCUUAGGGGAAUGGCUGGAUCGUGGGUACUGGAAUUUAUUUCUCCUUUUUUUUCCCUUUCCCCUUUUUUUUUUUUUUGGUGGUGGUGGGGGGGCGGGCGGCGCAACCUCUAGAGCAUGACCCAG